GUAGGCUUUGCCAAUUACUGCGACACGAAGCCUGCGAGCUUGGGCAACCAUCCGGCUCGAGAGACUGCCUGUUCCUGCGCCAUUAUCAGUUGCCGCGGCAUGUCGCUGGAGAAGAUUCUAGAAGCUGCUGGCACGAACUGCAUCCCAUUGCUGGGGAUAGCUGGCGCGGUGCCGCUGCUUCGAUGCAGUAGGAAUUGCUUGGCCACCGGCCCCGGUGUUCAGGGCACUUCGCUGCGGGUCUACAUCGCAAGCAGCAUCCGUCGGGCACGGGCCGCAUUGAAGCCUCUUCUGGAUGGUCGCCUGCGGUUGCCCGGCUUUCAUGCCCCGGGAUUUCCAGUUUACGUGGAACCAUCACGCCCACAUAGGGCCUUUUGGUUGGACCCACACUCACAUCCAUGGCACGGCUGGCUCGGCAGCGAGAACCGCAUGAUUGAGUGGCUGUACGACGCAGACCUUCUUGCCUUCACACCUGCAGAAGCAGUCCUGAUCAUGAAUGCGUGGUUUCCGUACCUGCGAGCAGAAGGGGCCCAGCUCAGCGACUUCUUCCAGGAUGCCAGAGCCAGGUUCUUCUACAAGCCCUGCCAAGGACAAACCGCUGAGGAUGAAACCGGUCCUCUGCGCAAACCUGCCGCAAGUCUUGUCAUCAUCUUUAAUUACUGCGGCUUCGAAGGUGUUGUCUGGGCGGGUGCAAUAGCAGACCCUCGACAAAACUUUUGUCAAAGUCGGUCUGCCAAAGGCGCACACGGCGAGUUCCGUUUGGUCUAG